GGAGGUGGGACUCGACCUGCUCCUGGGGGCUCUACCCGGAACCAUUAUGCAGACAGGAACCUACCAUUUCACCGCUAGCAGCAGCAUCGGAGGAGCCGUGGUCUGCGGAGGGGGACGCGGAGCGGAAGGCAGCAGCGAGCCCACGAGAAAACACGGGAAAACACGACGGAAACAAAACAAAGGCGCAGCGGCGCGGCCGAAGAAGAAGAAGCCGGGCGCUGAGCCGCAGACACCGGAGACCAAACGGAGGCUGAACGGAGACUAAACGGGGCCGGGGAAUAGCGGAAAUAGUUUUUUUUUUUUUGUUAGGGAGUAGAAAAAAGCCGAUGGAGAGCCAGGCCUUCCACAGUGUUUUUCCGUGGAUGAAGAAAAAGGCCCCGGUGCCAGGCCGUAGGGUCCCCGCUCUCCACGGUGCCUCCACCCGGUCACCGCCGCCAUCCUGAGCCGCUCCCUCCCUCCGAGCCCAGACGUCGGGUUGCCCGCCUGAAGGCGCCGGUUCUCGGCGUAGAAAGCGGACCGUCCUCCUCCUCCUCCUCCCUCCAUCCUCCAUCCAGAGCCGGGGAUCCAGACUGUGGAUCAGCCGGCUCGAAGACGAACUCCAUGACGGGACAGAAGCGAUGGUCGACACCCCACUAAAAUAACGGACACACUCCACCUCAUGUAAUGGGACACUUUAAGGAAACACUACAGACUUUUCUUUUAUUAUUAUUAUUUUUUUUUUAAUAUAAUUUAGUAUUUUGCCUAUUUAUGACCCCGUUUUUCUAACGCCCGCCCCCCUGAAGCACUUGAAGGCGUCUCUCUUGAAUGGAGAGUAUUAGCGAAACGUCGAUGUGAGGUAAAUCCCGCCUCGACUCUCGGUGGAUUACGGCGGCUUCGUCGGACCCCGUCUCCGAAAAAAAAACAAAAACAAAACCAGGACCUUAACAGCUCGAUAAAGAGCUCGACGCUGCUUCCAGCAUCCGACACACACACACACGGGGAGGGGGUAGUUGUGACCCCCCUUUUAACGCUUGAGCCACAGCUGAAACCGGGAGAUGUUUCAGUUCAGCAAGUACCCGAUGGACAUCCUGGAGAUGCUGAGCGGACACCAGGCCCACCAGUUCAAAGGCCUGGGCCUGGAGAGGCAGCUGAGCCACCAGCAGCAGGUGCAGCUGCAGCAUCAGCAGCAGCUCCAGCAGCAGCACCAGCCGUCGGCCGAGAGCUCGGGCGGCCUCCUGUCCGGCCUCGGCCUCGGCUCCCUGCAGAGCUCCCGGACCAACGCGUUCGCCGACUCCUCGUCGCUGUUCGCCAAGAUGGGCGCCCCGCCGCCGCCGCCGCCGCCGUCCAUCUCCCACCAGAGCCAGUCCUCGUCGUCCUCCUCGUCCCACAGCUCCAGGAAGUCGAGUAAGAUCAGCGGCGGCGGCGGCGGUGGCGGCGGCGGCGGGAGCUCGUCGUCGUCGUCGUCGGGGUACCCCCAGUUCCUGCGGCCGUUCCACCCGGCGGAGGCGGCGCUGGCUCAGGAGCAGCUCCACUCGGGGAUGGGCCGGUUUGACUUCGGCGGGAGCGGCGGCGGGGUGGUCACGCCCGCGCCGCCUCCUCCCCUGCACCCCGGUCUCUCCGUCCCCCAACCUUCCCCCGGGCCCUCCUCCUCCUCGCCCUCCCCCUCCACGUCAACGUCGGCCUCCAACAACCCCUCCAGCAGCACUACGGUCCCCCUCGUCGGCCAGUCGGACCCGCGCAGCCUCCACCAGCAGUUCAGCUGCAUGCUCGCCGCCAACCAGUACUUCCUGUCCGGCGUCCCCACCAACAGCAGCCUGGAGCAGUUCCUCGUCCAGCAGGGCACUCACAACCACUUGGGCCUGGGCCUCGGCCAGGGCGCCGCGGACUCGAACUCGGCCCUGGCCCCGCCCCCCGCCCUCCACUCCUCCCACGGCCACAGCCACACAGCCCCGCAGCCUCAGCAGCAGCAGCAGCAACUCACCCCUCACGCCUUAUCCCACCCGCACAGCCACGCCCACCACCCUCACCCGCUGCACCCGGCGCCCCAGCCGGCCCCGCUCGGCGGGUUCGACUUCCAGGGCAUCCCGGUCCUUUCCUCCAACCAGAUCGCGUCGCUGAUGCAGCAGGAGGCGGGGCUCCCCCUCCCUUUGCCCUUGCACCUGUCGCUCUCCAAAGACGACGCGGCCAAGUCGGGCGACAGCUCGUCGUCGGUGUCGAGCGGCGGCGGCAGCAGGAGGAAGAAGGCGAUGGCGGGCUACCUGCCUCAGAGGAAAGCCGAAAGUAGCAGCCACGGCGGCGGCGGCGGCGUUAGCAACUGCCACAACAGCAGCUCGAGCGGACACGGUCCGAGCUCCUCGUCGGGCCUGGUGGGAGGAGGAGGCGGGUCCGGCGCCGUCGGGCUGAGUGGCAUCGGCGGCGAGCCACAGCAUUCCUCCCUCCUCUCGUCGUCCUCGCAGCAGCAGCAGCAGUCGUCCUCCGCCGUCUCCUCCUCCUCCUCCUCGUCUGCGCCUCCUUCCUCAAACUCCACCUCCGUGCUCGUAGCCAACGGCAACCAGCAGCUGUCCAAGUCCCAAGAGAGUCACAGCAACAACGGCAGCAGCUCGGGUUCGGGGCAGCCGGAACCGGAGUCGCUCUACCACUGCGGCGAAUGCGGCAAAACCUUCACCCACCUCUCCAGCCUCCGGCGGCACCUCCGCAGCCACGGGCUGACGCCGGAGAGCCAGAGCAGGAAGUCGGACUGCAACUCUCCCAGCCCGGAGAGGAUAUUCUGCUGCGGCGAGUGCGGGAAGAGGUUUAAAAAGAGGGGCCACCUCAUCCAGCACAGCGUCACGCACUCGGAGAACCGGCCGUUCGUCUGCAGCAUCUGCCAAAAGUCCUUCAACCGCCGCGAGUCGCUCACGAGGCACGAGAAGAUCCACGACGAGAAGCCGUUCCGGUGCCCGGCGUGCGGCCGCUGUUUCCGCGAGAGCACCUCCCUGCUCAACCACGCCGCUUCGGGCGCUUGCGGGAAACCUCCGCGAAGCUCGAAAAACCGAGGCGGCGGCGGCGGAGGAGGCGGAGGAGGGAGCGCGUCGUCCUCGACGUCGUCGUCAAACCCGAGCGGCGGCAAAAUGGGAAGCGGCAGAGACGGCGUAGGGAUUUCAAAUAACGCGGCGCCAAUAGCCACGGAAAAGUACGCGACGGAUUAUUCCAGGAGCCGCUACCAGAGCCAGUCGCCGUACAGCAGCGGCGUCGACGACUACAGGCGGCCGCAGCCUUCGUCGUUGUACUCCUCGGAGAGCGCGUUAGCCGGCGAAAUGUCCAGCCAAACUCUGCGUAAAGCCCCGUUAGCCCCAACUCUCCACCCCCACCCACAGAGUCAGCACCACCACCACCACCAACAACAACAGCAACCUCAUCUUCCUCUCUCCUCCCUGUUGGAUGAUUCGGAGGACGAGGUCACGAGCAGCGCCAUGUCGGCCAUCGCCGCCGCCGCCGCCGCUUCCUGCGACAUAAACACCGAGAACCGUGAAGGGGAGCGGCGGGACAUCAUCGGCGGCCUCCUCGGGGGGUUGGGGUUUGGUAACCUGGGCGGCCCCUCGUCCACGUCCGCCCUCAACGGCUCCACCAUCCCCCUGACCCACCCCAGCCACCAGCCCCACGCCAAACCCCGGCGGCCGAGGAAGCCCCGGGAGAAGAGGGACCCGAACACCAUCGUGAGGCGGCGGAGGAGCCCGGCGCCGCCCGGCGACGGCUCCGAGCGGCCGUACGGGUGCCACAUCUGCGGCAAGCGCUUCAGGCGGGCGGAGACGCUGCGGCGCCACAACCGCGUCCACACGGGGGAGAAGCCGCACGCCUGCGACGUCUGCGGCAAAAUGUUCCGCGAGCCGUUCCACCUCACCAAGCACCUGACCGUGCACUCGGGCCAGAAGAACUACAAGUGCAACCUGUGCGGGAAGAUGUUCGCCUACGCCCAGAGUCUGGUGAGGCACGGGAAGCUGCACAGGAAGGGCGAGAUCGACAACCAGGGGCGGAGGAUCAAAGGAGCCGCCGCCGCCGCCGCCGCCGCCGCCGCCGCCAUCAGCCAAGUCGCCACCUCCGGAAACGCCGACUACUUCUCCUCCUGCUCCCAGGGGGAAAAGUCUCCGACGUCCGGCACGCCGUCGCAGAGGCUGUACACCUGCACCGUGUGCUGGAAGUCCUUCCGCCACUACUUCCACCUGACGGCGCAUCAGCAGACGAUCCACGGCGGCGGCGUCGGGCUGGAGAAGUCCUUCCGCUGCGAGGUGUGCAGCAAGGCCUUCGCCUACUCCAACAGUUUGGUCCGGCACAAGCUGUCUCAGCACGGCAUCGACCGCGGCGGCGGCCAGCGCGCCGACCAGACUCAGCCCUCGGUUUACUCGCCGGUCUUCUACGAUUCCGCUUCGGGUACCAACUACGCCGGGUCGUCCCACAUGCAGCAGCAGCAGCAGCAGCAGGGCGGGGCUACAGGUGGGCAGCAAAAGCACCGAAAGAAAAAAAGGCGCGUGGUGAUUCACAGCAUCAUGAGGGACGGGAAGCUGGUGGGCGUCCCGCUGAGUAAGGACACUCGCCGGAAGCUGAUGGUCCUGCGCAAGAAGAGGGGCCGGAUGCAGGCGCAGCUCAACAGGAAGAAGCUCCUGGCGCAGCUGAGGAUCAAGGGCGGCGGCGGCGGCUGCGGCGGCGGCGGAGACACGAGGGUGAAGUCGUGGUGCGGCGGCGCCGUCAGGGUCACGGGCCUCACGUCCAUGGACGUCCCCCUCAAGCGCUUCCCGUGCCCCAUCUGCCCGAGCGCCACCUACGCCAAGCACGGCUCGCUGCUGGUGCACCACGCCGUCCGGCACCCGCCCGGGAACGCCGGCCGCCGCGCCCGCCUCCGCUGCCAGGUGUGCGGGCGGCGAACCGGCUCGCUGCACAAGGCGCUGAAGCACCGCGGCCGGCAUCUCAGACAAGCUGCAUUCCAGUGCCACCGGUGUCGACACAGUUUCUGGAACCAGCGACUCCUGGCCCGGCACAAGUUCUCCUGUCGGGGGGCGACCUCCUCCUCCGCCUCCUCCGGCGCCGGCGGCGGCGGCAUCAGGGCCGGGAGCUGGGGUCCGACCAAGACGAGACCGUCGCAUACGCCGCCGCCGCCGUCGUCGUCGUCGUCUCAGUCGGACAGCGACCACCACCACUCCCCGGUCCGGAUGCUGGAGGUGCCGGCGCUGGUUCAGCCCGAGAGAUCAACGGUUCUGACUGAGUACAGUCAGUGAAAAAACACAAAAGAAACAAAAACACACAAACAGUUUUUUCUAGAUGAUUAGAUUCUUUUUUGAUGUUUAUUUUUUUUAAAAUAAUCCGAGAAAAUGUGCAAGUGAGCCGGCGAGUUUUUAACAAAAAAAAAAUAAAAAAAUUUUAAAAAAAAGACAAAAAAAAUAAAUAAAAGAAGAAGAAGAAGAAGAGAGUUGGGGGAGAGAGGUUUGUUCUCCCUGAACAAACCAGAACGAAAGAGGUGGUCGAUAAAUUAAUUUCAAAAAGGCCCAAAAAUCUCUCGUCUUUCCCCAAAUUUUUUAUUUUUUUUUAAGUUUUUUAAAUUUUUUUUAGCCGCACCAUCAUCUCCUCGUUUUUAUUUCGCAGCUCAUCCAGAAAAACACUAUCGUCCUCGUCUCUUAACUGUGUUUAUUCACCUCAACUCAACAUGAAUUUGCCCUCAAUAUAACUUUGUCUCUUAAAACUCGAAAAGGAUUUUUUAAAAAAAAAGGAAAAAGGAAGUGGCUUGUUUUUUUAAAUGUACACUACUUUUUUUUUUAUUUUUUGUUUUUUUUAAAAAAGCGACAGAGAGAAAGAAAGAAAAUCAUGACUCGAGCUGUUAAACAUGUUCAGGAUUCGAAAAAGGAACGACUGACAUAAGUGUACUGUACAAUUAGUAUUAUAUUUUAUUAUAUAUUGAUUAUUCGCUGUUUUCUUUUUUAAAAAAAAUAAAAUCAUUUAUCACUGUUGGUCUUGUACGGGAGGGAGGGAACGAGUCGGGGGAUUAUCUUUGUAAAACGGUGGGUUGAGUAUAUGUAUCGAUGUGAUUUCAUUUCUCCUCCUUUAACCUUUCCCACCUUCAUCGCCACAGAAAUUACGCCCCUAUUAUUUUAUUUUAUUUUAUUUUAUUUUUGUGUACACAUAGUUCAUUACUUAGGUCCUGUCCAGACGUUUUUUUUUUUUUUUUUGUUCCUGUAACUAAAACAUGUAAUAUUAUUACUAAAUUACUAUCCUUUCUCUUUGCCUAAAAGUGAGUUGUUGAAAACCCUCAAAUAAAAAAACAAAAUUGAAAUGUUA